AAGCGAAACAUAACGACCACACACACUCAGGCAGGCGGCAGCAUUUGGUUUCUGUGGGAACGGAGGAGGUGGAGCUUUACAUGCUAUGCCACAUCGUCGCACAAAACAGAGCCAUUCUGCAUUUACGGUGAUAGCGGCUCAAACAGGCCCUGUGGCCAUGGCUAAAGACCCAUUAGCCGAGGCAGGCUUUUAUUUUGAUGAACUCAACAAGCUACGGGUACUGGACCCUGAUGUCAGCCAGAAAACCUCAGAGCUCAAGGAAGAGUGUAAAGAAUUUGUAGACAAAAUUGGCCAGUUUCAGAAGAUAGUGGGAAGUCUAAUUGAGCUGGUGGAUGAAUUGGCAAAAGAGGCAGAGACAGAAAAGAUGAAGGCAAUUGGAGCCAGAAACCUGCUCAAGUCUGUAGCAAAGCAAAGAGAGGCCCAACAACAGCAGCUUCAGGCUCUCAUAGCUGAGAAGAAAAUGCAACUUGAGAGAUAUCGUAUUGAGUAUGACGCCUUGUCCAAAGUGGAGUCAGAGCAAAAUGAGUUCAUUGACCAGUUUAUUCUGCAGAAGUAAAGGAUGUGACUGAGACAGCAGAAAAAUGUACAACUUCUGUUCAACCACGUUUCCAGAGUGCCUGUCCUCUUUUCUCUGGGUGAUGCCCUCUUAAGAGAAAUACUCUGCUGCAACUGUUUCUGAAGCAAUCCCAAAGCCCAACACCAUUCUAAAACAUCUCCACCUCCUCGUUCCACAUUAUUUCAGACAUGCUUGUGUGUGUGAAGCAACAGCCGGCUGCACACUGUAGUUGUUCCCACCCUGGUCAGCAGGAGUGACGAUUUACACUGUUGUAAGCUUGAAUAUAUUUGGAACGUUAAGUUUCUGUGCACACCAAAUGUCUCUACAUCUCAGACCAACAUAAAGAAAAUGGAGCUAUUUAUACAAAAGACCAUUAUUUAUAAUAUUUAUACUGAAGAAUUACUCUGUAUAUCUAGUUUUAUUACUUUUUGUAUCAAUUUAAAUACUGCAUGUGCAUGCAUCUGUAAAUACGUGAUAGGUUUUAAAUGAUAGUUUUUCCCAAUUUUAACAUUUGUGUUAUUUUCACUUUUUUUCAUUCUCCUGGUACAGCCAGUCAGUGGGCACAGAACAUGAGGAAUACAUUGUCCUCUUAUUUCUAUCUCUUAUGUGUGUCAUUGUCUUAAAGUGUUAAUUUAGACUACAAAUGGUUAUACUUGAAUAAAUACUGUAUUAUAUUGCACAACAACAAAA